AUGCACAAAGCGAACGUCUUUGUCCUCCGAUCCUACAUCGCUUUGGCGGAGAGAGAUCCACAGAUCAGGUAUGUUGAGGAAGCCACUCGCGCUUUUAUCGAAGCUUGGGACUACGGCAGUUUAAAGGAAGAUCCCAUUGUGACCCAAUCCAUGUUGGCGAAGGUUCGAAGCCUUUUCAACCGCCACUUGCGCAAGGCGCUUGCAUGCUUGGACUUUCAAUCUGUUGAUGAUCUCCGUGCUGCUGCCGAGGGCAGCGGUGGAUCUGGCGCUCAAUUUGGGCUUUUGGACGCCAGCAUACAGAACAUGAUGGCCGCACAUUGCAAGUACUUGCUGGAAAUGGCAAUGGCCGUGGGUGAUCGCAAAGCCUUGACAAUCGCACUUGUAGAGUCCAGCCGUCUCAUGGGCGAACUGCCCGAGGAGACUCCAGAGAAACCGACUACUUCGGUCGUUGCCGAGGAGCCAGCUGCACCUUUGGGGCAGCCAGUGCAGCUGCAGAUCACUCCAGAGGAGCCAGCUGCACCCUCUGACCAACCAGCAAAAUUGGAGACCCCAGAGGAGCUUCGAUUUGAAAUGCUGAGAGAGGACUCGUUCUGGUCAUUUUCUGGUGAGCACUCAAAGGCGCUGCACAAAUUCUACGCUUUCUCUUCGAGGUCGAUGUAUAGUGAUUCGGAUUUGGACAGAAUGCAAAUUCCUUCCGAGAUCAAGCUUACAGGAGGCGAUCCCUGGGAGCCUUUGGAGCCAUUGAAAAAGGAGAGCCGAGGUCACGAUGCGCCCCACGGGCCCCACAGCUUUUCGCAGCUUUUGCAGAUGGCUCGAUCAAUGUACAGGGAAAAACUCUUUCACGAUUCCCAGCAGCUUUUGCUGUCGGAUGCGGCUCGUGAGCUGCUGGGGGAUGCUGAGAACAACGUCUUGGGCGAGUCGUGGAUGCAGCAGCAGUUGGCGGUGAUGCGCACCAAGCAGGUUGGCAGCCUUACUUCCCGAGCGAAGCGGGAGCUAGAGUCACCCAAGUUCAUCCGGGCGUUGCAGAGCCUGUUUGACUUGACGACACGACAGGUGAUUACCAGGGACAGGCAAGGGAAACUCCCGACCAGGCUCAAGGUGGUCAAAGCCAAGAGGUCGGUGAAUCUGGACGCUUAUCGGGCUUACUUCGCACGCCGCACGGAGAUUGAAACCUCCAUGGCACGCCAUCCACCUGGAGUCCGAUUGGAUGAUUGUCUGACGACAGGCCCCUCCGGCUGCUACCUCACGAAGGAGCUUCGGGCUCUUCAAGGCGUUUGGAUGGACGGGCAAAAAGCCCAGUGGCUCGUGGAGGGAAGCCAGGUGUUCCGUGUAGCUGCUGUUGCGGCGCAAUUUCUGGAGCCGAGCAAAGCAGAAGGAAUUUACAUGUCUGAGGAUUACUAUCACUUGAAGCCGGUGAAUGCCAGUCCAGUUGUCCAUCCGCUCGAAGGUGACUCACCACAAGUGCAGUUCUUAGUUGAAGUGAAGAAGCGAGUGAAGGACGAUGACUUUGAUGGCACAGAGGCCCCGCAGGAAAAAGCUUUUGUGAAGGACAAAUGGCACGGAUGGUUUGAUGACUCUGGUGACGCGGUGGUGUGGUACUGCGAGAAGCGGGCCGAGCAUACCCAUUGGACACGCCGUGAGACCUUGCAAGGAUUUUGGCGCGUCUUUGGCAGUUUUCUGCUGGUCCUCAGCCCGCAUGGCUUUCGAGAAGGUGCUGCGUGGCUGGAUGAGAGGAGGCUUGGGAGGUCUGCGCGACGAGGAUGUGCCUGGUUUGACCGAGAACUUCAAGUCCUACAAGAGGAAGGUCAACUUUUUGGAGAAUGGCGUGAACCUUCGUUCCUCCUGCAUGCUGUUGGUGAGCUCUAUCCGAUAUGGAUGGAGCCUCAUGGUGACAUUCAGUCAACAACCUUCAAAGGUUUCAUAGAUGAAGAAGGCAAUGAGAUGUGCCUUGAGCCAGUUGAUGAGGAGGAACGGCCUGCCUUAGCAUCUUUUCGGCCGAAGAGGACGGUCCUCAACAAUCGUGGGACCAACGUGCUGCAGCCAUUCCUGUCUAAAAUGUGGGCCUACCGCCAGUUGAUGUCUGCAGAACUCAGUGUGAAAGAGCUGAGCCUGAAGGCCAACGAGCUUUGGCUCUUUCAUGGCACCAGGGAGUCUGCAGCAGAAUGCAUCACUGAAAAUGAGUUCCAGGUCCGGAUGGCUGGGACCAAUCGAGGCACCAUGUUUGGUCCAGGAAUCUACUUGGCUGACUCUGUGACGAAGAGCGACGAGUAUACAGAUCCAGAUCCCACAGGACUUAGAACAAUGAUUUUGUGUCGAUGCACUAUGGGCCGUGCUGUUCAGCAAGAAGGGGGUGGCCGUGAAUGCAUGAAGGUCUGCCAUGCUGGAGGUUUCCAUUCGGUGAAGGGGAGGCGCGCUUACAAUGAAUACAUUGUUUAUGAUGAAAACCAAGUGUACCCGGAGUAUAUCAUUUGGUACAGGCGUGUCUAUACGAUUGAGUGA